AAAUACCGUCUUUGCGCACACAAUGCCUGGUCUAAUUAGAGGAUUGUUCUGUCCCUGGCUGGCACUAGCACAGCGUGGCUUCGUCAAAUGAUGUCAGCAAGCGUCGCUGUACAAUGAAAAUCCAGCAAAGGUGAUUAGUAAAAUCGGAUGUUUUUGAUUCACGAUGACGAUUCGCUGUCAGUGAGGUAUCAUGCUGCACAUUGCGAGGUGAAAUUUCUUGUCAUACAUGACUUUGUAGCAAGUGCCACGUAUUAAAUAGGAUCUAGUCCUCUUGUGUGUUAAUUGGAGACCAAGUUUUGUAGGAGUAGUGGUAAUCGGGGACAGGAGAUAGUCAAGAAUGCCUGCAGAUGAGUGAUGUCAACAACUUUGCUUAAGUAACUAAACGCGGAUCACCCGGGGUCCAUAUAUCGUCAGUCAACUUUUGUGACUGAUAUUGUCAGUCAGUUUGCCCCGGUUUUACUUCACGAUGUCUGCCACCAACGGCUCUGUUGGUUCUAUAAUCCACGAGGAAAAGGACACGGCCAAGAAGAUUCUGAUAGAUGCAUUGGUAACUUUGAGAGAUUUGACUGUGGUGUUUGUGUUAGCUUUCUUGAGACUAUUUUUACCAGUGAAAUGUAAGUCUGUGAGACAAGAGAUAGUUUUGGUGACUGGUGCUGGAAGUGGAAUAGGCAGGGAACUGGCAGUGGAGUUUGCAAAAUUAGGUGCCACGGUUGUAUUGUGGGACAUCAACAAAGAAACCAACGAAGGGACGCACGAUGUCAUUCGGAAAGUUGGAGGGAAAUCCUUCCCGUACUGCUGUGAUGUCGGAGAUCGUGCGGAAGUAUAUCGCGUUGCGGCUCUGGUGAAGGAGGAAGUGGGUCCUGUCUCGAUUCUGGUGAACAAUGCUGGCAUCGUCACUGGCAAGAAGCUGCUUGACUGCUCUGAUGAUGACAUCACAAAGACAUUCCAAGUCAACCUGUUAGCUCAGUUCUGGACAGUCAAAUGUUUUCUGCCAUCCAUGAUGGAAAAGAACCAUGGCCAUGUGGUAAACAUCGCCAGUUCUGUCGGCUUGAUAGGCCUCAGCCGAUUGGUGGAUUAUUCGUCGUCAAAGUUCGGGGUGGUAGGCUUCAGUGAGGUCCUACAUUAUGAGCUGGCCUCGUCGGGAUACGACGGUGUGCAUACUACAGUUGUCUGCCCUUCCUUUGUCAAAACUGGCAUGUUUCAAGGCUGCAAGAUGAGGUUCCGCUGGAUUUUACCUGAACUGGAAACGACACAGACCGUACAACAUAUCAUGCAUGGAAUCCUUACCAACAAGAUACAAGUCUGCAUCCCAAGAAUUGUCUACUUUUUUGCCUUCCUGAAAACGUUCAUUCCAGUGGAAGCCAUGCUUGUCAUUCAACAUUUUUUUGGCGCUGUCAAUUUCAUGGACUCAUUUGUUGGUAGGAAAACAAAAAACAAAUAGAUGUGUGUAAUGAUUUUUUAUAUACCUCUUCAAAUUCAUUAAAAUGAAACAUGCAUAACUAUAGUCUUUUUAAAAAAAAACUUAUGAUUCCUUGGUAUCUAUUCCUGAAUUUACUAACUUCCAUUUACUUCAUAUUAAAUUUAAUUUUGUAACAUAUUACAUUUGUUUGCUAUAUUUUCAUUGUAUCAAGAAAUUUGACCACCUUUUUGGACUUUGACAUAUUGAAUACAUUUGUAUGUCUAUUAUAAUCCUGUUGUAAUUCAUAAGAAAGGAAAACAUUUUAUGGUGAGUACAGAGAUACUCUUUUGCUGUUGAUGCACACAGAUUAUCAUAGAGACCAUAGGUUUGUUUUGUAAAUAUGGCAGGCAGGAUAAACCAACCGGAGUAAUGUGUUGCUCAACUUUUGAUGCUGACCAAUAUGAAACAUUGACGGAAAUCAACAUUGAUACAUGUGACUUUGAACUCAAAUCAAAAUUCUUUGAUGUGACAAUCCGAGAUGAAUUUGAUACAUGUACUUUUGAUGAAGAUGAUGAUGCUCUUCUCCAUUCUGUCUGGGAACUUUUUUCGUUUUUGUUUUCGUUUUCAUGUCAUUAUGCAUGGAUAUGCAGUGUACAAAGGUGCAUACAUCUACAGUACAUGUAAACUGUCACCAAACAUACAUGUACCUUGUCAGAGGUAUAACUGAGGCAAGAGUUUUAUUGUUUCAAUGCUGUUUUUCCAUUGUAAUCCAGGAAAUCUUAAUGUAAAACAAAGCUGAGAUAUGAAGUAAAGUUCACCAAACAUACAUGUACAUUGUCAGAGGUAUAACUGAGGCGAGAGUUUUAUUGUUUCAAUGCUGUUUUUCCAUUGUAAUCCAGGAAAUCUUAAUGUAAAACAAAGCUGAGAUAUGAAGUAAAGUUCGCCAAACAUACAUGUACAUUGUCAGAGGUAUAACUGAGGCGAGAGUUUUAUUGUUUCAAUGCUGUUUUUCCAUUGUAAUCCAGGAAAUCUUAUUGUAAAACAAAGCUGAGAUAUGAAGUAAAGUUCAUCAUGAAGACAGCUGAAAACUAUGCCUAAAAGUACUUUCCUUUAUUUUUUCAGAUUUUUUUUUGAGAGUGUUGAAAGGCAUUCGAAUAUUUGAAAACUAUGGUGAGCUUUAUGAACCAUACUGACUGUAUUUAGGAACUCUGAUGUCACAUCAUCUUUUUUUCCAUAUAUUCACCAGAAGG